AUGAUUUUGCUUAAAUAUAUCCGAAGAGCUGAUAUACUAGUUAAACCUUUCUAAUUUAAUAUUCAUAACAGAAAGCGGACAUAAACUCUAAUAGGUUUGUAAUUCUGAAAUUUAGGGGGCAUAUUUUCAAUAUUUUUAUUUGUGACAUACAUUUUAUAUGGGAUUAGUUUGUAUAAUCGUUAAGAAUUUAACUAAAACACUAUUUAUGCAGGUUCCUAAUCAGAUUUUUAAGAAGAUUACAGUCUUAAUUAAUCAAUAGUUAAAUUUGCAAUAGAAAUAUCUCCAAUAUAAUCAGAACCCUUUAAAAACUAUUCCUAUAUCUAAUAGUAUAUAAAUGUAUUAAUAUUUAGGUAUCUUAAUUUGGAUGUAUUCUAUAUUGAUUAAAGAAGGGUAAGUGAAGUAGUUGGAUAUAAUAGAAAUUAGACAAAACUCACAAUUAAAAAAUGUGAUACAGCAUAUAUAGAAGAAUUCAAUUUUUAAAAUGCAACUUUGACAGAAAGUUAAAAAGAGUAGCUUCUUUGUUUUGAGGGAUAAUUUAAUAUAUCUGGAUAAUUUUAUGAUCCAAUAUUUCAAUAUGUAAAAAUAUAACUAAAUAUUUGUGAUUUAAAAUCAAAUCCUAGUUGUAAAUCAAUAAAAGAAAUAGAAGAUUUUAUUAGUUAAGGGUAUUUAUUAAUGUAUAUUUAUAAAUCAUAGAAUAAAUAUAGAUCUUUUUAUUAAAGGAGAUAAGGUAAAGAAAGCACUGAAUUUGAGUGAUCCUGCUGAAACAUAUCCAAAAAAUAUGUAUUGGAGAUUAACAACUGGAAUAGCUAAUAAUGAAGAUAUAUAUAUGGCACCAAUCUCUUUAGAUAUAAGUAGAAUUUAUAUAUUUUCAAGAAAAAAAUAGUUUAUUUGAAAAAUUAACAAGCUAAGGACCUAAUAAAAAUAUUUUUAAGUCUGCAGCUAUAUUUAAAUCAGAAAGAAGAUAGGAAUCAAUUAUAUUUUAACAUGGAGCUUUAAUGAAUUCUUUUUAUUUAAGAGCUGGUUCUGAAAGCUUUUAUUAUUUUUGUAAUUAAUCAGAUUGGUUAGUGAUAUUAUUAUCAUCCAUAUCAGAAACUACAUCAUUAAUAGUUACAUUCUUAAGGAUACUUUAGUUUUUUUAUGGAUUUUAUAAUAAGCAUAAGACUUUUGAAACUUUAAUGAAUAAUGUGUUCAAAUUUGAUAUCACUAAGAAUACACGAACUGAUAUUGAUGAAAUUUAAACUAGUGGAAUUAAUAAUAUUAAUAUACAAAAUGUAUUAAUAAAAAAAUAAAAAUUAGAAAAAGUAUUUUUAUAUUUAUUUUAGAUUAUUAAUUUUACUAUAUAAUAUCCAAUAUGGAGAUACAUUCUUUAUAAAUUAUCUAAAUUAUUUCUAUGUUUAAAAAAACUCAAUAUUUGUUAGAUUGCACAAGAAGAAACUAUAACCAUUUCAUAAUUGGCAAAAAAUAAAAUUUAAAAUGAUUUAGAUUUAACUAAUAUUUUGAAAAAGUUAUAUGAAAUUGAUUGUCUUAAGCUUUUAUUAUUUGAUGAUGACUAAUUACUAAUAUUCAAUAGUUUUAGUUCACCUGUUUUUUAGGAUAAUAUGGUUUAAAAAUAACAUUUUAAAGAAAUAGUAAAAUAGUAAUCUAUUCGAAAAUAAUUAAGAAAAUAAACUUUUAGUAAAGUUGACUUUAAAUUUGUUAAUUCAUAAAGUAUAUUUAAUAAAUAUUUAGAAAUUAAUAUUACUUAAAAACUAAACAAACUCUCCAGAUUCUUUAUUGCAUAAAUGUUACCAAAUGAUGCAGAAGAAUUAACAAUGAUUUUUAGAAGAAUUUAGGAGGAUUAAAAUAUGAAUUUUAAAAAAAAUAAGAAAUUGUUAAAAUUUGCAUAAAUUAAUUAUACAUUGUAUAAAUUAGUUUAGCAAUAUUGUUAAGCAAGCUAAAAUAUUACUAUUGAGAAGAAAACUCAUGAAGCACUUUCAUUGGAAGGAGAGGAUAGACAUAAUGUUUAGAGUAUAUAAAUACAUAUGAGAACUUUGAAUAAGUGA